GAACUGCAACGGUUCUUGAAACAUCGUUAUGAAAGCUGUCUCGUGUUGAAUACAAAACGCAUUUUGUCUUGACUGUCCCAUGGCGCUUGCCGUAACAACAUAAGCGCCCAAUGUUUUCAAGAUGACUGGCAAUAAAAGCAGGUGUCUAAACUCCAUUAGUCAGGUGCUGCUGACUCUUCUCAUACUUCACUGUCUACAGUGUCACUCCAGGCCUCACAGUUAUGACAGUAAACCACUUUUAGAAAUAUCCAAAGAGAUUUUUAAGUACUCUGACAUCGCUCAGCGAAUCAUAAACCUAGCAGUAUAUGGAAAGGCUCAGAACCGUUCCUAUGAGAGGCUGGCUGAGUUCACUGACACUAUUGGAAACAGAGUCAGUGGCUCUAAGAACCUAGACCUGGCUAUUAAGUACAUGUACACUGCCCUGACACGGGACGGACUGGAGAAUGUGCAUCUAGAGCAGGUGAAGAUCCCUCACUGGGUGCGGGGGGACGAGAGCGCGGUGAUGCUUCUACCGAGAAACCACACUUUAGCCAUACUUGGGCUUGGUAGUAGUGUUGGAACUCCUCCAGGAGGUAUAGAGGCAGAGGUAAUGGUGGUGGAGUCUUUUGAAGAGCUCAAAAAGAGAGCGAGUGAGGCUAAAGGGAAGAUCGUAGUGUAUAACCAGCCGUUUGUCAGCUAUGGGGAGACCGUAGCCUAUCGGGCUUCAGGGGCCUCAGAGGCUGCUAAAGUUGGAGCCGUGGCUUCACUUAUCCGUUCAGUAACUCCAUUCUCCAUCAACAGCCCCCACACUGGCUGGCAGUGGUACCAGCCUGGAGUGCCUCAAAUCCCCACUGCCUGCAUCACUGUCGAGGAUGCCCAGAUGAUGGCCAGGAUGGCCCGCAGAGGCCAGAGGAUUGUGCUGCGUCUGACUAUGGGGGCCCAAACACUGCCAGAUGUUGACUCCUACAACACUGUGGCUGAAAUCACAGGCAGCAAGCAUCCUGAACAGGUGGUGAUGCUCAGUGGUCACCUGGACAGCUGGGACGUGGGCCAGGGUGCUAUGGAUGAUGGAGGUGGGGUCGCCAUUUCCUGGGAAGCACUUUCUUUGAUCAGAGACUUAGGGCUGCGUCCCAAAAGAACACUGAGGACAGUGAUGUGGUCCGCAGAGGAGCCAGGCGGGGUGGGAGCUGCUCAGUACUUCCAACAGCACAAAGCUAACAUCUCGAACUUUGACCUGGUAAUGGAGUCUGACCUGGGCACCUUCAGUCCAUUGGGACUGCAGUUCACUGGCAGUGACAAAGCUCGGGCAAUCAUGAAGGAGGUGAUGAAACUGUUGGCUUCCAUCAAUGUCACGUCGCUUGAAGAACAUGGAGAGGGAACAGACAUUAACAUGUGGAUGAAGGCUGGGGUUCCAGGCGCCAGCCUGCACACUGCAGACCAGAGGUACUUCUGGUUCUACCAUAGUGACGGUGACACAAUGAGCGUCCAAAACCCAGAGGAGAUGAACCUGUGUUCUGCUGUUUGGGCCGUGGUGGCCUAUGUGGUCGCUGACCUGGAGGAAAUGCUCCCCAGAUAGUGAGUCACUCACAAACGACUGAACAAACCCCUGUCCAUCAGCUUAUAGCAGUCGGUCGAGCACACCAUUACCUUGAGAAUUCUUUAUUUUUUGUGAUUUGACUUCAUCAUAACCUCAGGUACACUCCUGAUCACUCCACUGUCAUGUAAUAUAUACUGCUACUUUAAUACUUGUGUCAUUUUCUUUUUUAAUUUUCUAUUGUGUAAUUUAGUUUUUUAAUGUGAAAUUGUCAUUUCUAUUCAUAAUUUAUACACUGAUUUGCCAGUUCUAUAAAAAUAAGUGCUUUAUAAUGUAUGUUAAAAUGACAUUAAAACAACAACAACAAAAAUCUAUGAAUAAAGAUCCAGCAUCUGUGGCUAAAAUGAGCUUGGGAAGUCUUGGUUUCACAAUUUCAUGUAAAAAGUGUGAUGCUAUUAUGAUGUCAUUUUCCACACACUGAAUAUGUCAUCAGAACAUCUGACUUCCCCUUGGAAACUAAGCCUAGUUCUCCUUUCCUAAAAAAAAAAAAAAAAGUAAUGGAUAUGCUACUGUUUAGUCAUACUUCCACUCUUUUUUUCAUAGAAGUUGUUAUUAAAGGGUUAGAUGAAAAUCAUCCUCCUGAGAGAUUUCUUUCCCUCCAUUGAACUUUAACACUUCAUAAAUCCAAAUGAAUUAGCAGUUUAAAGCAGUUUAGUCCAAGUCUACUGAAGAGACACAAUAGCUUUAUAUGCUGAACAGAUUUAAUUCAGGCUUUUAUUCAUACAUAAACACUGAUCAGCGCACACAGUGUACACUACAUAGAGUACAUCAAAUGUGGUAAACAUGUUGUUUUUUGAGCUUCGGCUUAUGUGUGUUGAUUGAUGUGUGAGUAGAAGUAUAAAUUAAAUCUAUGGUAUAAAGUGACUGUGUUUCUUAAGAAGACAAUUAAGCAGCACAGAUGAUAUGGAAUCAUUUUAUGAUGUCUUUAUGAACUCUCUGAAGCUUACAAAUUUUAGUUGCAUGAACUUUCAAUGGAGGGACAGAAAUCUCUCAGGUUUCCUUUUUUUGUGUGUUUCGAAGGUGAACAAAAGUUUAAUUGGUUUGGAAUGACAUGAGGGUGAGAGUUAAAUUGUAAAUUAAAUGUACAACAUCCUACUGCUUGAGCUACAAGCAACAAUUCUCAUGUUGGCUUGUUUUUCAUCACUUAAACUGAAAACAAAACACAAAAAAACUAUUUAAUAGUGAUUAACUGGUUUCAAAAAGUCUCAGACCUUUCUUUGUGAGUUGGUUUUCAACUUUUUAGACAACAUGGCUAAUUUAUGGUUGAAAUGUAAAAUUUAUGCUUGAUAAAUAAAACAUAAUGCACAAAAAUCA